AUGAUUGUUGAUUCCAGCGUUUCAUCCCAAAAUGCUAUCUUCCCUCCAAGGGGUUGGAAUUCCUACGACUCCUUUAGCUGGGUAAUUUCUGAAAAAGAAUAUUUACAGAAUGCUGAUAUAAUUUCUCAGCGUCUCCUUGUUCAUGGAUAUCAGUAUGCUGUUGUGGAUUACCUCUGGUAUAGGAGUCUCAAGGGUGGUAAUAAUUCUCUUGGUUUUGAUACCAUUGAUAAAUGGGGGCGAUUGCUCCCUGACCCUGAAAGGUGGCCUUCUUCAAGUGAAGGCAGAGGGUUCAUUGAAGUAGCUGAUAAAGUACAUAGCAUGGGUUUAAAGUUUGGGGUUCAUCUUAUGGCUGGAAUCAGUACACAAGCAUUCAAUAACAACACGCCUAUACUGGAUACAACAACGGGACAAGCUUAUGAGGAGUCUGGUCGAUUGUGGCACGCAAAAGACAUUGGAAUCCCAGCAAGGGCUUGUGAAUGGAUGACUAAUGGUUUCAUGGCUAUAAAUGCAACAAAUGGAGCUGGAAAAGCCUUUUUGAGAUCAAUUUAUGAGCUUUAUGCUUCAUGGGGAGUUGAUUUUGUGAAACUUGACUGUGUGUUUGGUGCUGACUUGGAUUUGGAUGAAAUAACUUCUGUAUCACAGAUUCUCAAGGACCUUAAUCACUCCAUUGUACUUUCUCUGUCUCCUGGAGUCGGAGCAACACCAGACAUGGCUAAGGCAAUCAGUGGACUAGUUAACACAUACCGUAUAACAGGAGAUGACUGGGAUGAAUGGCCAGCAAUCUUGGCUCACUUUAAUGUAUCGAGGGAUUUUGCUGCAGCUAAGUUGAUUGGAGUAGAAGGUUUAAAGGGAAAUUCAUGGCCUGAUUUGGAUAUGCUACCAUUUGGAUGGCUAACUGAUCCAGGGGUCAAUGAAGGUCCACACAGGUUUUCCAGGCUUAGUCAAGAAGAGAAAAGAACUCAGAUGACUUUGGGAUGUAUGGCAAAGUCUCCCAUUAUGUAUGGAGGGGAUCUACGAAAGCUUGAUAAGUGGACCUAUCAUCUCAUCACAAAUCCUACCCUUUUGGAGAUAAACUCGUUUAGCUCAAAUAAUACGGAGUUUCCUUAUAUCACAAGAUUAAACGAUGUCAAGAUUGAAGGACAGGAUGUAAAAAAAGUACCAUUUACUCAUUCAUUAGCUCUUACUGGAUGCACUGAUCCAAAAGCAAGUGGUUGGUCUAGUGAAAAGUAUAACCAAGAUCUUGAAAGAAUCUGUUAUAGAAAGAAUCAGGAGGAACCUUUCUGUCUACACAAGAAAGAACUUCUAGAUGAAAGAAGUAUGUAUAAAGGGAAACUUCAGUUAAUGGUUAUAAACAGAAAGCAAUUUUACUUGGACGCUUAUCCAAAAAGAACACUUAGUAAUCAAGAGGUCAAAAAAGAAGGUCCAUUUUCUCCAUGCAAAUUUGAAGCAAGUCAGAUGUGGGAGUUAAAAUCUAAUGGGACUCUGAUUAACAGUCAUUCCGGCAUGUGUGCAACAGUAGAAUAUGUUCAAGAUGAAGGUUAUGCUAAUGGGAUUCGAUCUUGGGUUGCAACUGGAAGAAAAGGGGAGACAUAUGUUGCUUUUUUCAAUCUAAAUGAUGAGAAGACAACAAUAUCUGCAAAAAUUGGAGACUUGGCUAGUGUGCUUCCGGGUAGAAAGUUGAGAGGUUGCAUGGGAAGGGAUAUGUGGAGUGGAAGGACCAUACAAAUAAACGAGAUGUUAUCAGCGAAGGCUUGUACUCUUUGA